AUGGGUGCUGGGGCCAGCGCCGAGGAGAAGCACUCCCGUGAGCUGGAGAAGAAGCUCAAGGAGGAUGCUGAAAAGGAUGCCAGGACCGUCAAGCUGCUGCUGCUGGGAGCAGGAGAGUCGGGGAAGAGUACUAUUGUCAAGCAAAUGAAGAUCAUCCACCAGGACGGUUACUCAUUGGAGGAAUGCCUGGAGUUCAUUGCCAUCAUCUACAGCAACACACUCCAGUCCAUGCUGGCCAUCGUGCGGGCCAUGGCCACUCUCAGUAUCCAGUAUGGAGACUCAGCUCGCCAGGAUGAUGCCCGCAAGCUGCUGCACCUCUCAGACACUAUAGAGGAGGGCACCAUGCCCAAGGAGAUGUCAGACAUCAUUGGGCGGCUCUGGAAGGACACAGGGAUCCAAGCCUGCUUCGACCGUGCCUCUGAGUACCAGCUCAAUGACUCAGCUGGCUACUACCUGUCAGACCUGGAGCGCCUGGUGACCCCUGGCUACGUCCCCACGGAGCAGGAUGUGCUGCGCUCCCGUGUCAAGACCACCGGCAUCAUCGAGACCCAGUUCUCUUUCAAAGAUCUCAACUUCAGGAUGUUUGAUGUGGGUGGGCAGCGCUCAGAGAGGAAGAAGUGGAUUCACUGCUUUGAGGGAGUGACUUGCAUCAUCUUCAUCGCGGCCCUCAGUGCCUAUGACAUGGUCCUGGUGGAAGACGACGAAGUGAACCGCAUGCACGAGAGCCUGCACCUCUUCAACAGCAUCUGCAACCACCGCUACUUCGCCACCACCUCCAUCGUCCUCUUCCUCAACAAGAAGGACGUCUUCCUGGAGAAGAUCAAGAAGGCACAUCUCAGCAUCUGCUUUCCCGACUACGAUGGUCCCAACACCUACGAUGACGCCGGCAACUACAUCAAGCUGCAGUUCCUGGAGCUGAACAUGCGUCGAGACGUGAAGGAGAUUUACUCCCACAUGACCUGCGCCACUGAUACCGAGAACGUCAAGUUCGUCUUCGACGCCGUCACCGACAUCAUCAUCAAGGAGAACCUCAAGGACUGCGGGCUCUUCUGA